ACGGUGGCUAAAGAGAGCCGGUGUGGGGAGAGGUGCUCACAUCUCGUGGUCUACAGGGGGCGCACUAGCGAACGCGAGGGAUGAAGAGAGAGAACUACGUCAAGCAGACCCAACGAAAAGGACGCUGAGGGGUGGGGCCUCGAGGCAUGGACCUGGCCAGUUACGGUGGCGAUGAGCCCUAUUAGCUUGCACCAGCAAUCGUUGGCUGCAUUUCUUUUCCCAUGCAGACGAACAGAGGCACCCAGAGGGGAUAAUAGGAGGCGGGCGUGGACGACGUGGAUGAACGGAGAUUUCCAGAUUGGAGUGCUGCCAAAGCGCUGUCCUGCCCGCUGCCAUUUUAGUGCCUGUAGCGCUAACAACCCUGCUGCGCGCUGGCCUACGGAGCGCUACGGGGAGCAAGCGCCUGUGGCCCAGAAGGAAGCCUCACGCACUGCUUUCUGCUUAGCGGCGCUGUCCAAUCCCCUUCCCCGGGAUUUAAUUGCUUGCCACGCCCUGCUCUGCCCUUUUAGGCUCCACUCGCCUGCUCCUGUCUUCGCUCUUCCAUUUCUUUUCCUUUCAUCUCUCACCCCCCCCACAAUAUUCUUCUCUCCGUGUCUCACGCUGACGACCAAGGAAUCGAGGAAGACGACGCAUGAAAAUUCCUUGUACCGAGCCAAGAGCCUCAUGGUGAUUUUCGACUUCCACUCGCUGUGUUUCCCGAAAGAAAGAAAUAGUUUGUGACCAACCGGAAUUUAUCCAAGCGGCUUCGACGAUCCAACACUUGUUGCGCCGACCACGGCUGGUGGGCGAAGAAAGCCCCAGUCAGCAG